CUCCAUAACAGCCAGCGCAAGGGCUCACGGGAAGAGGCGGGAAUUAGAAAUUUUGCGGCCAAUAGAAACGUUAGACACGAGCGCUGGUAGCCAAUUAAAUUUGUAGCGCGGAAGCGUGAAGCUGUGACAGGAUGGCAGAAGCGGCACAGCGGAUUUUGGAUUCUAUUGCCAGUAAACCACAUUUAAAUCUUCCCCAAAAAGAGGAGGGAGAUGUAAUCUCAGCUAAAGUCCUGGUUCAUUAUUCUAAGAAAACAUGCAAGAAGCAAAAAAUACUAUGCAACCAGCUGCAAGUUCUGCGAUUUCUGCUCGAGUUCCUGCAAGAAGCCAGCACUGUUGGCUGGAAAGAUUCCAAUCCUAAGCUGCCAAACAAAGAGAUGGAGAUGGUGAGACAGAAGUGGAAAGGGCUUAAAUCCGAAUACCUGAAUAAAGUGAAGGAGGUUGAGGAACUUUUACCCCAACUGCUCGAGAAGAUGCAAAUUUUGCAGGAGAAGAAGAACCAACUAGAAGCGAGUCUUCAAAGGUACCAAGACCAGAGGGAAACUAAAGGAAGACAGGCUAAGCAGGAGCUGAGGGAAGCACUACAGAAGCAGCAGCAGGUGGUACAGAAGUGUCAGGACCAUAUUCAGCAGCUAAAAGUCCAAGUUGAGAGACUGGAGCAGUCGGCGGAAAGCUGGAUUCAGUCUGUAAAAAAGGACUCUUCACUCCUUGAGCUCCUGAGGACUCUUCAGGGAAUGUCACUGGUGUCAGUUGAGGACAAGGGGAUGGUUCUAGAUUUGUAUGCUGGUGAAGAAGCGGUGGCCCCUUUGAGGAUUAAUGUGCACUUUACAUCAGAAGAACAGUUUCAAAUAAAGACUGAAGUUUCCAUGCCUGGCCUACCCCCAGAGCUACAGCAUGGGGCCACCUCUCAUAUUACAUCUGUUAUCCUGGAGCUGCAGUGUUGGUAUAGAAGCCAUGGCCACCUCCUGGAAGAGAUGAGAGCGUUGCAGGACAGGUUUUCCAUUGACUGGCUCCCAGUGGAACGACAGGUCCUCUUACUGAAAGACAGCAAACGGUAUACUCUCUACGUGGAGCCUGGUUACCCUCAGAGUGGAGGAGUCAAACUGAUAACUGUCAAAGAAUUGGAGACUGAUGCUUCUUCCAGUCAUUUGAAGCCUCCGGGUGAGCACCCAUCAUUGACCACAUGGCUGGAAUAUUUACAGACUUUACACUAGCUUGGCAGAUGCGUCAGAUUAUAUGACCUGUACAGAACAGACAUCAGUAAGAGCUCCUCCUUUUUAAAUAGCCUUGUCUUCCCGUUGGACUAUGUGUAUUUGUUCUUGAACUGAAAAUUCUUGUUUACUGCUAUUACAUACAGAGAAUUGGCAA